GGAAGUGUUGUGAGUGAAAGUGUGUGUGAGAGUGAGAGAGAGAGAGUGAGAGAGAGAGGAGGGGGUAUGAAAACGUAUUAAAUGCUAUAAUGGAAGACGGGGAGGCCACAGUGCAAGGAUUGCGUAGAUCUAAGCCUCUUUUUUUCUGUGUGGAGGCAGCCUUUCUUAUUCAAAACAGCCCCACAAAAGGCCUCCAGUGAGCCCUGCCACAUCCCCAUCUGACUCGCAGCCAUUCAUCAGCCUCCCAGCCUAUCAAUGACAUGCCCCCAUCAGGGCUCCUAUAAAACCACAGCCUUUCCCAUGAAACAUCAGCAAACAUUUUGACGGCUCUGGCUUUUCCCCCCGCUGGAUUUCUGGAGACUCUGACCCCCCUCUCCCCAUCCCGCCCCACCCUUGUCCCCACCUCCUCCGGGUCCUCUGGCUGCCCAACGCCAGCCUCUCAGCUCUCUCCUCUCUCUCUGCGCUCUCUCUCUCUCUCUCUCUCUCUGUCUCUCUCUGUCUCUUCCCCCAUGCUCCUGUGCCGUGGUCAGCAGCAGGCUGAGAGAGAGAGACACGCCGGCGGACGGUGGACAGUGGACGGAGAGAGAGGCACUGACACUCGCUGUAGAGGGGGCAGCCCCUUACCAGAACGCCGUGGUGGUGCUGCUGCUGCUGCUGCUGCUGUUUUCUUUUCCCCGCUGGAGGAGCGCGAACGCUGUGGAUGGGAAGAGGAUGCAUUGUGGGCUGCUGGAGGAGCCGGAUAUGGAUUCCACAGAGAGUUGGAUUGAGAGAUGCCUCAAUGAGAGUGAGAGCAAGCGCUACUCCAGCCACACGUCCCUGGGGAAUAUGUCCAAUGAUGAGAAUGAGGAGAAAGAGAACAACAGAGCGUGUAAGCGUCACUCCACGCCAGCCACUCUGCAAUGGCUGGAGGAGAACUAUGAGAUUGCAGAAGGAGUGUGCAUCCCUCGCAGCGCACUCUACAUGCACUACCUGGACUUCUGCGAGAAGCACGACUCCCAGCCGGUGAACGCAGCCAGCUUUGGCAAGAUCAUAAGGCAACAGUUCCCUCAGCUAACCACGCGGAGACUUGGAACCAGAGGCCAGUCAAAGUACCACUACUACGGCAUCGCCGUGAAGGAGAGCUCGCAGUACUACGAUGUGAUGUACUCCAAGAAGGGCGCAGCAUGGGUGAACGAGACGGGCAAGAAGGAGGUGACCAAGCAGACAGUGGCGUAUUCACCGCGCUCCAAGCUUGGGACGCUCCUGCCAGACUUUCCAAAUGUCAAAGACCUAAAUCUGCCUGCAAGCCUGCCAGAGGAGAAGGUCUCCACGUUUAUUAUGAUGUACCGCACCCACUGCCAGCGGAUACUGGACACGGUCAUCAGGGCCAACUUUGAUGAGGUCCAGAGUUUCCUGCUGCACUUCUGGCAGGGAAUGCCACCUCACAUGCUGCCCGUGCUGGGCUCCUCCAUCGUGGUCAACAUUGUGGGCGUGUGUGACUCCAUCCUCUACAAGGCCAUCUCCGGGGUCCUCAUGCCCACUGUACUACAGGCACUGCCAGACAGUUUGACGCAGGUAAUUCGGAAAUUUGCCAAACAGCUGGACGAGUGGCUGAAGAUCGCAUUGCAUGACUUGCCAGAGAACCUGAGGAACAUCAAAUUUGAAUUGGCUCGAAGAUUCUCCCAGGUUCUAAAGCGGCAAACGUCUUUAAACCACUUAUGUCAGGCUUCACGGACGGUCAUCCACAGUGCGGACAUCACGUUCCAGAUGCUGGAGGACUGGCGUAACGUGGACCUGAACAGCAUCACCAAGCAGACACUCUACACGAUGGAGGACUCGCGAGAGGACCAACGCAGACUCAUCAUCCAGCUUUAUCAAGAGUUUGAUCGCUUGCUGGAAGACCAGUCGCCCAUCGAAGCCUACAUUGAAUGGCUGGACUCCAUGGUGGACAGAUGUGUAGUGAAGGAGGCCGGGAAGCGGCCUGGGAGUCUGAGGAGGGUGGCCCAGCAGUUCCUGCUCAUGUGGUCGUGUUUUGGGACGCGCGUGAUCCGGGACAUGACUCUUCACAGCGCACCCAGCUUCGGCUCGUUUCACCUGAUCCACUUGAUGUUUGACGACUACGUGCUGUACCUGCUGGAAUCACUGCACUGCCAAGAGCGCGCCAACGAGCUGAUGAGGUCCAUGAAGGGCGAGGCCAGUACAGCCGAUCGAGUUGAAGACAUGAUGCUGACAGAAACCACACCCUCGUCCCCUGCCGCCUACUCGCCCGCCAAAUCGGUCCUCUCGGUCGGAGUCCCAGCCCUCAGCUCGCCCACCUCUGCCCAGUCUCCGGAAUAUACCGGUGUGCCCGCUACCACAGGUGCUGUUCAGUCAUAUACCUGGUCCCUUACGUACACAGUGACUACGUCGGGAGGCUCCCCACCUGAAGGCGGACCCCAGCUCUCCUGCAUGCGCAGUGCCCCCUCCGUGACCCCUCCCACCGCCGGCCACCGCGUGCCAGUCUACCCACACCGGGAUGAGCACGGCUACACGGGGAGCUACAACUACAGCAGCUACACAAACCAGCACCAUCACCCGAUUCAGAGCCAGUACCCCAGUCUGCCCCAUGAAGCAGGCCUUCCUACACCCCUCCACUACCCUGCCUACCACCGCACGCCUGCACAGUACCCUCUCAACAGUCCGAUGGCCCGCAUGGAGCCCUGCCUGAUGGGCGGCACGUCCCGGCUGCACCCGUCGCCCGUGGCCCCGCGCUGGCCCGACCUGCCGGCCGCCAACGGCUGCUACUCCACCCCGCCCAUGCACUCGUCCCGCUAUGGCGCCGGCGCCGAGGUCUACGCGCCGCUGGCCCCGCGCCGCACCACCGACUACGAGCACGCGCAACACUUCCCCGGCUUCGCCUACAUCAACGGCGAGGCCACCACUGGCUGGGCCAAGUAGAGAGGGCCGGGGGACAGCCUCUGGACAGCAGCGUCUCAUCAGCCCUGUGUGUCAGGAAUGUCCACCGCCUUCAGGAGGGGCCAGAUGACAGGAGUGAGAGGUCGAGCCGUCCAUCUCAUCUGAGACAAGGCAGAGCCUCCAAUUGUCGUCAUUAAGGGAGAGGAGAGAUAUCUUGCCUGCAAACUCCCUUGACCCUGAUUGUUUUCUUGGUUCUCUCUCCAGUGAGAAUCACAAUCUGUUUUGCUGUGCCUUUUACAUGCCCCCCCCCCCCCUCGUGUCUUUAUUAGUAGUGGGCUUUGGUCUGCCACUCCUCAGUCAACAGUUGGCGCAGAUCCAUGGCCAGACCUACGCAACUCACCAGACUGUUUACCUUCAGCGCCUCUGAAGACGUCAGUGCAAUUGCUCAAGUGUCGUUCUGGCCGUUAACAUCCUUCUACUGUUUCGUGGUGCAUUGACCUCACCCUGCCCCGCUUGCGUAGUGGGAGGCAAACUGUCCCUGCUCCAGCACCAUAUCGAGGGGAUCCAGGACGUGCAGAGGCCGUCUGUUCCCUUCCCCCCUCUGUGUGGGAGCCAGCACACGUGCAAGUGUGUCAUGAAGCAAAUCAAACCACUGGCAGCCACAAUCAGUCCCAUCUACACUGCAGCAGCUCAUUUCAAAUGUGGAGAUUGUCAUUUCACAUCAAUCAGUGUUCUGGAAUGGGUUUUGCCUUGCUUUCGUAGGCUUCUGUAAACUCUCUGUCAUAGGAAGCCUGCAUCUGUGGAAGGACUUAUCAUAGAUAUAUAUAUAUAUAUAUAUACUCUGUAGCUGUGUAACAUGCUAUCUUUUUCCCUGUGUUGGUGCAGUGUUUGGUGUUUUGUAUGGUUAGUGUGAAAAACGCGUUCAUAACCUAGGUUUGUGUGUUUUUAAAUGCACUCCGAGCUCCUGUGGAUCUAUUACCCUAUGGGUAGAAAUAAAAAGGAAAAUCUAUGUAAGAAAAAUGUAACAUUUAUGAUCUCUAGUCACUUUUUUCCUGUAAAUAAAAGCACUCAAUAACUGCUGUGGUGACAACUGUUACCGUGUAAAAUGAUAUU